AAUCCGGCGACCAGGAUUUCUGCGAUCGAACUCCGGAGGCGACGAAGAGAAGCGGCGGAGAUGGCGGUGAUGGACAUGGCGUUCAAGGCGCUCACGGCGGGGCUGGGCGUCACCACGCUCUACCUGGCCGCCACCUUCUCCGUCAACGUCUACCGCGGCCUCGCCUGGCACUCCGAGCAAUCCAAGUUAGAAAAGGAGAAAUCAGAAGACUAAGACGGAUCAGCAAGUUAGGGUGUCGGACAUUACAAACCGAAAGGACCUACAAGAAAGAUCACAUUUUGAUGAUGGCUGAUCAUGUGUGGUUAUGUUUUCUGGGACAGUUUUUGUAAACUAAUAAGAUUUCCAGACAGUUUGAUGUGAUAUAGAUUGAGGGAUUUGGACCUACAAGAAAUCUCACAUUUUGGUGAUGUCCUUUUUUUUAUGGGAUUUUGGUGAUGUCCUGAUCAUGCGUGUUUAUGUUAUGUGGGAUAGUUUUCGUGAACUUUUAGGAUUCCCAGACACGUUGAUGUGAUAUAGAUUUAUGGUUUUGAUGAUCAAUCAUCUUUUGUAAGCACUAUUUCAACAUGUUUCUACCUUGUACCAACAUAAGGGUGUCCUGGGCGUCUCGUCCCUUUCACCAAUUUAUUUACUAUUUGUUCUGGUUGUA